GGCAGUCGAGAUCUUCUCUGCAAGCCAGGAUUCUGCUCCCUCCCCACCUUGAAGACGUGGCACUGUCACCUGGGAUUGAUUCCCUGGCCGGCUCCAGUAUCUGCUGUUUGAGAAGAAUUCAAGUUUUUUCCCCCCAGAAUGCUGUUGGCAGGAUUUUGUGUCCUGCUGUGAAGCUGGCGUAAGGAUAACUUCUGCUCUGCGAAAAGCGACAUAUUACCUGGGAAAACAGCGCCGUGCCUGUGAGUAGCAAGCACACGGUUGUUGUUAAAGCCUACCAACGCCGCUGUACGCACGGGGCAGAAGCUGCCGAAGAUGCCGGCACAGGCACCGCCCCGGCGCUGGCGGUGCUGCCGGCUGGCCCCGCCCGUUCCGCGGGGAUGGAGCGGCGCUUCCGGCGGGCGCCGAGGGAGGGACGGCUCGGCUGGAGCCGCGUGUGAGCAGCGCCGAGGCUGUGGGUGCCCGCCCGCCCGCCGGCCCCGGCCUGCCCGCCCGGCGGCCCCCGCCCGCAGGAUGUUCAAGAAAUUUGAUGAAAAGGAAAAUGUAUCAAACUGUAUCCAGCUGAAGACUUCAGUUAUUAAAGGCAUCAAGAAUCAGCUGAUAGACCAAUUUCCUGUUAUUGAACCAUGGCUAAACCAAAUCAUGCCAAAGAAAGAUCCAGUCAAAAUAGUAAGAUGUCAUGAACAUAUAGAAAUCCUCACUGUGAACGGAGAGUUGCUGUUCUUCAGGCAAAGAGAAGGGGUUUUUUACCCGACGCUAAGGUUGCUUCACAAAUACCCAUUUAUUCUCCCGCAUCAGCAGGUUGACAAAGGUGCCAUUAAAUUUGUCCUGAGUGGAGCUAAUAUAAUGUGCCCUGGCCUGACGUCUCCUGGAGCAAAGCUUUACCCUGCUGCUGUUGACACUGUCGUUGCAAUAAUGGCAGAGGGAAAACAACACGCAUUAUGUGUGGGAGUAAUGAAGAUGUCAGCUGAGGACAUUGAGAAGGUCAACAAAGGGAUUGGUAUUGAAAAUAUCCACUAUUUAAAUGAUGGCCUUUGGCAUAUGAAGACAUACAAGUGAAACAACAGGAACUGUUACUCCAAAGGAAUGCACUUAGAUUAAAUGUGGACUGCUUUGUAAUUCCUUGUUUCUAAUGUGACUGAAUGUACAAAUUAUUUUGUUCUGUGGCUAUGCUAAAUAAAUCAGUUGAAUGCAAAAGUA